AUGGGCAAAAAGUUCAAGAUGUACUGCCGCAAAUCGCAUGGAUCACGAUUUCUGGCGAGCUAUGACUUACACGGGGUGCCUGCACACGAGCAGCAGCAGCAGCCGCAGGGCGAGCAGCAGCAGCAGCAGCAGCCGCAGGGCCAGCAGCAGCAGCAGCCGCCGCAGGGCGAGCAGCAGCAGCAGCAGCCGCAGGGCGAGCAGCAGCAGCAGCAGCCGCAGGGCGAG